AAUGCUAUAACGAUCUACAACGCUUUUGUCCCAUUUACUAUAGAGGAAUUUAGUAAAGACUUCAAUAGCUAUAAGCUAAUAUCUCUCCUAGAUCUCUUCUCUAGUUAUAACCAAGUUAAUCUCGAUAAACGGAGCUACGAUUUAACGACCUUUUCAACGCCAAUUAGUCUCUUCUAUAUAUAUACGUUGCUAAUAGGGGGUAUAAAUUCUAUUGCCUAG